AUGAUUUAUGAAGUCCGUACCUACGACAUGAAACCCGGAGCGGUGCCCCAGGCUGAGGAGGCCUUUGCCGAGGCAUUGCCCUACCGCGAGAAAUAUUCGCCCAUCGCGCCUUCUGGCACACCGAGAUGGGCCGCUGAACCAGAUCAUCCACGUCUGGGGCUACGACAGCCUGGAAGAGCGGGAGCGUAUCCGCGCCGAGGCGAGCCAGGAGCCCAACUGGCCUCCCAAAAUCACCCCGGGCAACAUCGUGAACAUGAACUCCGAGGUCUGGACGCCGGCCCGUUCAUGCGGCCGAUGGGCGGCGACCAGGCGCUGGGUAACAUCUACGAGAUGCGUGUCUACACCUACGAAAACGGCUCAAUGCCGGAACUCCUGCGUCGCUGGGCCGACUCGUUGCCUUACCGGGAGGAGUUCUCCCCCCUGGCCGCCGGUAUGUACACCGAGUUCGGCAACCUGAACCGCUGGAUGCACGUGUGGCCCUACAAGGACCUGAACCACCGCGCCGAAGUGCGGGCCGAAGCCAGCAAGAUUCCCCAAUGGCCUUCGGGAGCGCCCGGCAGGGUCAGCCAGGAAAACAAGAUUAUGAUACCGGCCAGCUUCUCGCCCAUGCACUAA